GUGCUGCAUUAAGAAGAAAAGUUUACUUCUAGGAGAAGUUAGAAAACCUAACUUCUGGCUUCUGCUUCUCUUUCUGUAAAGCAGAUGCAACAUCCAACAUGCCCAGGCUCAAACUUGGACCCUCCAAUUCCUUUUGCUUCCAGCCUUUGAGCAAUAAGCUUAAACUUACUGUAUAUUGUUUCUCCAGAAACGAUGCAGUAGUUUGAGAUUAAUGACCCAAUUUCGAGUUAUUAUCCCCAUUCUUGAUUGGAAGGUAAAGGAAGAGGUUAGGGGGAUACAAGGGAGGAGGAAAAGAUGAACAAGGAUAAGAUUUUUAAGUUGGCAAAGGGCUUCAGGGGGAGGGCAAAGAACUGCAUAAGGAUAGCAAGGGAGAGGGUGGAGAAGGCCUUGCAGUACUCCUACAGAGAUCGCCGCAACAAGAAGAGGGACAUGCGCUCCCUCUGGAUCGAGCGGAUCAAUGCUGGCACACGCUUGCAUGGGGUGAAUUAUGGUAAUUUUAUGCAUGGAUUGAUGAAGGAGAACAUCCAACUGAACAGGAAAGUGCUAUCAGAGCUGUCAAUGCAUGAGCCAUAUAGUUUUAAGGCACUGGUUGACAUUUCUCGCAAUGCAUUUCCAGGAAACAAGGUCCCAAAGAAGGAAGGUCUAUCCACUGUUUUGUGAGAAUCUCUGGUUUUAGAUGUUCUGUUGAACCUCUGUAUUUCUUUGUCUUAGUCCAAAACCAGGACCAGGAUCGUCUAGACUUGGGGAAUGUUGUAGAUCUUGUUCUUUUAUUCAUAUUGUGACCAUCGCUUUGCAUAUGGGAAGCAUCAAUCUGGUAUUAUACAGAACCAUUUUGUCUCUUCAACAUAUUUCACUUGAUAUAAACAAUGUUGAGUUAUUGAUAUGAGUUGUUACAUUUGCUGAA